AUGCAUCCGACCAGUGCAAGCAAUGUCACAGAGACUGUGGAGAGAAACAAUUGGAACAUUUCCAGAGAGUGGCACUUGAUGAGCAUUGAUCAGUCCAGAAACAAGGUCUACCCAUCCAUGGCUGAGAGUACCAAGCUUCUCAGUGUUCAGAUCACCCUUAUAAUGGCUUAUGCAUUGAUCAUCCUCCUGGGCCUGGUGGGAAACUCCCUGGUCAUUUAUAUGAUCGUAAAGUACAAAACCAUGCGAACUGUCACCAACUUCUUCAUUGCCAACCUGGCCUUGGCUGACCUUAUGGUGGACACACUCUGCUUGCCAUUCACCUUGGUUUAUACUCUCCUGGAUGAAUGGAAACUUGGAGCUGUCCUUUGCCACCUUGUCCCUUACGCUCAGGCUUUAAGUGUCCAUGUGUCCACUCUGACUCUAACAGUGAUCGCUCUGGACCGCCAUCGGUGCAUCGUCUUCCAUUUGGACAGCCGCAUUUCCAAGAAGUUCAGCUUCAUAACUAUUUCCAUGACCUGGUUGGUGUCGGCUAUCCUUGCCGGGCCAUUGGCCAUCUUCAGGGAGUACAAAAUCGUCGACUUGCAGCCCAUUAACCUGCAGAUCGUGGUGUGCUCGGAGAAAUGGCCCAGUGGGAACACCCAAGAUGGAACCAUCUACAGUAUCUCAAUGUUCAUCCUCCAAUACGUGCUGCCGUUGGGCAUCAUCAGUUAUGCCUACAUUAGAAUAUGGAUCAAGUUAAAGAACCAUGUUAGUCCGUGCGCGCGGAGUGACAGCCAUUACCGACGGAGAAAAACUACCAAAAUGCUUGUGAUGGUGGUGGUGGUCUUCGCAGUCUGCUGGCUGCCCUUGCACACCUUCCAGCUGGCCAGCGAUCUGGACAAGCGUCUCUUUCAGUUCACAGAAUACAAGCUGCUCUACACCAUCUUCCAUGUGCUGGCCAUGUGCUCCACCUUUGCCAAUCCCCUGCUGUACGGCUGGAUGAACAAGAACUAUCGCAACGGCUUCAUCUUCUUCUUCCGCUGCAACCACAACGUGGACAACCUCAACAAUGUGGAGACGUCAGUCAAGGCCAGGCUGCACCCUUUCAGGGUGGAAGCUCACAAUGGUAGCCUUUGCAAUUACAGGGCGACAAAUGGACAUCCACCAACAGAGGUUUAG